AUGGCGUCAACAACGACUAGUGUCGAACAGGACCAAAAUUCCAACAGGACUACCUUACCGCUAUGGCCAUUGUCAAGGUUGUUUUUCUGGAAAGGAGAUGAUGAAGAACUGAAGAAGGCGUGGAAUCUUUAUUUGAACACUGUAAUACCAGGAGUGAUGCUGGUCGCAAUAACUAUCCUGGCCGUAUUUUCCAUCUUUUGGGGUUCGGCCUGGAAAAACCCGGAUCAUACAUUACCUGGGUGGAUUGUGGACUUUGAUGGUGGACAAGUGGGAGAUUUUGUUGCAAAAACAUUGCUCACUGAACGAGGCGCUAUAUUGUGGGAGGUCGUUCCCGCGCUGACCGCCUUCCCUCGUGGUUUAGGAGAAUUGACACAAGCUGUGAAAGAGGAUCGAACAUGGGUUGCGGUUGUCGUUAAUGCCGAUGCUACUUUGCGAUUGCAGGACUCGAUUACUAGCCCGAAUGUAUCGUAUGACGGUACAGAAGCUAUCAGUAUAUACGCCGUCGAGGCCAGGAACGAGAAUUCCUAUCGUUAUGUUAUUAAACCCUCGGUCGAAGCAUCUAUGCAUGCAGUACAACUGGCUUUCGCCGUUGAAUUUGGGGCGAACAUGUCCUCAAUUUCCAACAUCAAUUCAAUUAUUGCUAUGUCACCACAGACUAUUGUCAAUCCAUUAUCCUUUAAAUUUAUUAAUCUAAUACCAUUUUCGCAACCCGUAGCCGUCGCAACCUUGUCUACUGGGCUCAUUUUUGUUUUGAUUAUGUCAUAUUUCGUAGUGACGAUUGCGAAUGGCGCUCGCCUGGCUUCAGGACUACCCAAGCUUCUAUCAUUUAGGCAUCUUAUUGCCCUGCGUCUUGGAACCUUGUUCAUUGUGUAUUUUUUCCUCUCUCUUGUGUACUCGCUCGUGAAUCUGGCAUUCAAAUUGGAUCUAGGUCAUAAAUAUGGGCAUGGAGGAUUUGUUUUGUUCUGGAUCGUCAGUUGGACAUACAUGCUUGCUGUUGGACUCGCCUUAGAGUCUCUCAUCACCGUGAUGAAGCAGUUCGUCCCCUUCUUUCUGAUUACCUGGAUUGUAGUCAAUGUCUCCACGAACUCUUACCCCAUCGAAGUUCUUCCAAAAAUAUUUCAUUAUGGAUAUGCAACCCCAUUCUACAAUGUGUCCAAGGCUAUUCGGACAAUAGUUUUUGGCACACGGAAUACAUUAGGAAAGAACGUCGGUAUUCUUAUAAUAUGGGUUAUUAUCUCAUGCACAACGCUGGUAGGAUUUCAGUGGUAUGUCCGAAAGCGAGAAAUCGACGCAGUACGAGAGGCGCGACAUGAGCAUGGUGUCGAGACACCGAAUGGUGAAAAGCAACAGCAGGUGUGA